AUGCUACGCUCAAAUGCUUUCAAGUCUUCCAAAAGACUAUUGGCUACUGUUUCAGAAUCCAAAAUCCCAUUAGGUGGUAAUAAAUCAUGGGCCAAACCAACUCAACAAUCUGAAAGUUUAAACAUUCAUGAUCCAUCAAUUAGAAAGACUGUUUUGAAUGGUGUUUCAAGUCACGGUCCAGCUUCUUUAAAAUCAUCAAGAGGUAAAGCUAAAUACAUUUCACCACUAGGUAUAAAUGAAGCUUUCAACGCUGCUUAUGAUGUCUUGAAGGCUAAAGCUGAGGAAACUUAUAAAGAAAUUGAAGAAAUAGAUCAACAAAUUGCCCAAAACCCUGAAUCUAAAGAAUUAAAAGAUUUAAAAAAUAAAAAAUUAGUACAAGCUGAAAUCAAUAAUCCAGAAGUUCAAUAUAAUUUUCAAUAUAGUGAUAGAGUGGAAAAUAACCCAAAACUAAUUGAUUAUAAUCAACCAGUUUAUAGAGAAUUGAAAAAAAAACAUUGGGAAGAAUAUGGUCAAAUGUUAACAAUGCAAAGAUUAGAACAAUUAGGAUGUAUUCCAGAUACUCUACCAACUUUGGAUCCAAAAGCUGAAGUCUCAGUCAAAUUUUUAAAUCAUACUUCAAUUAAUAGAUGGAUUGAACCAGGUACUUUAUUAUCAUCAAAUGCAACAACUUAUCCACCAUCAAUUAAAAUCCAAGAAUUUGAAAAUGUUGAUCCUUCAAAACAAUUAUAUACCAUCUUAUUAGUUAACCCAGAUGUUCCAGAUUUGGAAAAUGAUAGUUUUAAAACUCAUUUACAAUGGGGUUUAACAAAUGUUAAACUUUCAUUUAAUGAAAAUUUCAUAAGUCCUGAAAAAUUAUUAAAGGAUCAAACAAUAACAGAAUUGAUUGAUUAUUUACCACCUGUUCCAGAGAAAAACAUUCCAAAACAAAGAUUUAUUACAUGGGUUUUCAGACAACCAAAUGAAAUUAGUGAAAAGAUUACUGAAAGAGAUUUCAAUAUUAGAUCAUAUGUUGAAGCAAAUCAAUUACAACCAAUUGGUGCACAUGUUUGGAGAAGUGCUUGGGAUACUAAUGUUCCACAUGUUAGAGAAUUAUACGGUCUACCAAAAGGUACUGUUUACCAUAGAGUUCGUGCACCAAUUCCUCAAAAUUAG